GUGGCGUCUGCCUCGAGGAUCCAGGGUAACUUCUCUUGGCGAAGACAUUUAUAUCAUCGAAUGAUAACAAUACAGGCACAGGCAGCGUCCCCUUACUAGGACUCAGUCUUCCAAUGUUCUGCUUGCACAGGCGCCGACGAAAGACCCGCACGGAAAACCCUAGCUUGCAUCCUAUUCUAAGCAAUCAUACCCCAGAAAUCCCACCAGAAAACGACGCUCCCCUCUGCUCAACAUGCUCAUCCCUCAAUCUCCACACAAUCUUACAUGACGGCGUCCAAAAAGAACACGCAAUCCCCCUCGGUCAUCUCACAGACAUCCUCGACAAAUCUAACCAAUGCGGACUGUGCAACCUCGUAGCUAUUGUCAUCCGCCGUGCGUGGCACUUGGAUAAGCUGCCUGGUAUCGACAUUGCUGAUAUUACCUGUGCGCUGUAUGCGAGGGAGUGCGGGUAUCCACGCAUUCCUGAUUAUGUCUCUCCUGUAUUCAGGGAUAUCUGUCAUCGGCUGUAUAUCCAGUCUGAAAAACCUCGGGAUGUUACAGCCGCUAUAGCCGCCGCGCAGUCAAACUUCUUGCUGGAUAUUCAGCUCCUGGGAGAAGACGCUUUCAGGGUUGGCAGGACGGAAGAACUUCAUGGCAGGAGAGUUGGUCAGAAUGUUGAUAUCACCCUGUUGAAGAGAUGGAUCCACAUCUGUGAACACGAACAUGGAGAGCUAUGUGAAAGAGUAUGGUGGAGGGACGCUGGAGAUGUUCUUCCGAAGAGCGUAAGAGUCGUGGAUGUAACUCGAAUGGCUGUGGUUCACGCUCCGCCCUCUUGCCGUUUUGUCGCUCUUAGCUACCUAUGGGGAGGUACGGGAGAAGAGUAUUGGACGACACGGGCAAAUCUCAAGCGGCGCAGAGCACAAGGCGGCCUUGACAUAUCAGUGCUGCCAGGCACGAUCUUAGACACCAUUCAACUCGUCCGUCAGCUCGGCGAGCGAUACCUGUGGAUUGACGCGUUGUGUAUCGUGCAAGAUGACCCUAAGGACAAGGCAGUGCAAAUCGGCGUAAUGGAGCUUAUCUACGGCAGCUCCGCGUUCACAAUCUUCGCUGCGGGCGGCACUUCCGCGCAUGAUCCUCUCCCGGGCAUCCGCCCAGGGACUAGGGAUCCCAAACAACAAAUAGCUAAAAUCCAAGGCCUUCACCUCGCCGUCCCCCUGGUCCUCCCCCGUGAGGCCAUAGCAAGUUCCGCAUGGGACACACGUGGCUGGACAUAUCAAGAACUCAUGCUCUCGCGCCGCCGCAUCUUCUUGACACCCUAUCACGUGCACUUUGAAUGCGGAGAGGAUGUAUGGAGCGAAGAUGUCAUCGCAGAGCGCAUCAACAUCCCCUGGGAUUCACACCCCCUGAAGUACGGCGGUGCAGGUGGGUUCACGUCCGUGCGUGCCCCACCGCAGUGGACGGACCAUAUAUAUAUGGUGCACUAUAUGAGCAUCAUUGGAAAGUAUACGCAACGCAAGCUUACCAUGGAGUCCGACAUCGUGAACGCUGUUACGGCGCUCAUCAAUGCUAUGACCAAGGGGUUUAAGUUGGCUGGUGGUUACCCUGAUCAAGCGUUCCGGUUCGGGAUGCCCCUCAUUGACCUGGAACUCGCGUUAGUGUGGCAGCCAACGGCUAAUACAUCCUGUAUGCGGCGCAUCCCUGGGGAUGGAAAUAUGACGCCGUGGCCGUCCUGGUCGUGGGCUGCGUGGCGGGGUGCUGUCCAAUACAGCGAAGUAAGCUUGUUCGUUGAUGCACAGAAUGGGGGCGUUUCUCCGUGGAUAACCCAGUCACUGGUGGAAAAGUGGUAUAUUGUGGAUGAUAAUGGUCAGCUUGUUCCCCUGGAUGUUCGACGUACUGGUCGGAUGGCAAGAUCUGUUGAAGAAGCAAAUUCCAGUCCAUACGUCAUUCCGAAAGGCGAUAUCGACGCACAAACUCUGAUCACAGAGAAUGCGCCCCUGCGGCCUGGGACGCUAGUAUUCAGGACUCGUUCAGCUCGUUUCAACGUUACGAAAGCGGACGAUGUCGUCGGUGCUGACCCCGAGGCGAACUACGUCACAUAUUCCAUACUAUCCGACAUUCCUCGAUCAUCGACGUUAGUAGGGCGUGUCAUCCUUCCGUCUUCCACCCAUUCACCGACUUCAUGUGAAUUUAUUGUUCUGUCUCGCACAGACGAUGUCGGAGGGUUGUAUGAUGAGGAUACAUUGGGGAAACGAUAUCUCGGAUGCAUGUUGUAUGUGAUGGCCGUGCAGAAGAUGCAGGGUGAGCAGCGGAUGGAGCGGGUUGGGGUGGGGGUUAUAUUUGAACAUGCUUGGCCGAACGCGACUCCGGAGCAAAAUGUUGUUUUACUGGGAUAACAGUGAAGUUGCUCGAAUGCAGACUGAACGCCACACAGAGCAUCAUAGGAUUUGAGGACCGUUUACGGCUCCCGUCAUGAUUGUCGACAUGAAAUGAAUAUUUUAUUUCACCAUCUACGCUCACAUAA